AUGCUGGCCCUUCGCGACGAGAACGCGGUUAACGCAGCUCAGGCUGCCAGACUGGCCCCCGGAAAAGGGCAGAUGGCCCCCAAGACCCCCGGGGCUCGAUAUCCGAAGACACCCUUGAAGAUUCCCCUCAACGACGAGAAUGCUGUCGCAGGAGCCAAAACGGCUCUUGCGCCCAAGUCGAAUGGAAACAUCCAGGGAGCCACUGUCAGGAAGCAGAACCUCGUCACCCCGUCUGAAACACGGGCUCGCGCGCCACUCGGUAACAAAACCACAAACGCAAAGGCCAGGGCCACCCAGAAUACCACUGGAGGAAAGGACAUCGAGAAGUCACAGACGAAGCCCACAACCACCAAGAAGCUCAAGCAACGCUCUCCUAGCAUCGGUCCUCUAAAGCUCGAAGUUCGCAAUGACCAAGCCGGUCCGUCUGAGGAGCCUGAUGUGGAAUAUGCGCCGCCCCCCGCCAAAGUCUUGCCCUACGAGUCGGAUGUAUUUCCUGACGGGGUUUUGAACUUCGCCGGCCUCCAGCCGGAGAACAUGUUCAAGGGCUACUAUAACCACUUCUACAACCCCAUGGGCGAGGAUGGCGUCAGACUGCAAGACAGAAAGCACAAGGAGAAGCUGAAGAAGGCUUUGAAGGAGAACGAUGAGCGUAUCCUCCGCGAUAUUCGGGACAUGGAUUGGUCCGUCUCUGAUGUCCCCGAGACCGCAGUCUUUGUCGGAACCAAGGCUCCCGUCCCAGCCCCCAACCCAGCCGUCACCAGAAAGGCAGCGGGAAGCACCACCAAGUAUCCCGCCACAAUCGCUUCAAGGAGGGCUGCUUCAGCUCUUGCGAUGUCUACGGGCUCUACUAUCCGACAGAAGAAAAUUGUCGAACAGAAGCCAGCCAUCAGAAGGCCCAUCUCCGCCCUGCUUCCACGUGUCAGGCCCACCAAAUCCGCUACAGCGUCGAAGUCUACAGCUGCCGAGAGCGCCGUGGGAGAAGCCGCGUCGAGAAACACUCUGGGCUAUACAAAGGGACGUUCAGCCUCGUCUGUGGUUGGUAGACGAGCUCCGCUACCGCCGGCGGCUCGGCCUGCCUCGACAGAUGCCGCCACGGUUGCCCCUCCGAAGACGUUUGUCAGACGCGACGCAUCUCCUCAGAAGCAGAAACAGGAAGUUCAUGAGGAAAACUACGAUCUCGGCCGAUUGCAGUUCCUGUCCAUUUUCGAUCCUGCUGGAGACAACGAAGACGAUGGCAUCGGUAGCGCCGCCCCGCGGAAUGAAGACUUCGAGGAUGAGGAGUUUGAAAUGAAGUUGAGCUUCUAG